AUGACUCCGACGAGGAGAGGGAAAAGUACCCUAUUGUUCCCCUUCGCCAACCUCACAUCUGCUGCCCUUUUCAUGGCUGGCUUGUUGGAAGGAGCCGGGUUUAUUUAUGGGCUGAUGGGUGAGCUUGCGGUCGCCUUCUUGCGCAGCACCCGAGUCACUCAAGGCGUUGACAUGGCCUUAGCACCCAGGAAAUGGCGAGACAUUUGGAGGAUUAUGGAGGCUGGGCCAAGUUUUGCCGAGAUUAUGAAGCGCGGGAUGAAUGAGUCGCCAGCUCUUUUGGUGCCUGUGAUUGACGGGCUCGUCGUCUAUACCGCACGUUUUCACGAUUGCUAUCUCACUGGCAUGGAAAGAGAUGUCAAAGAAUCUCAGAAGCACCAACCAAACGGUGUUAGACUAAUCUUGGGCAGGAUAAAUCCCAAUUACUCUGAGCAGAAGUGGUCAUGA